UAUUCCGAUAUUCCCAAACAGGCAAACACCGAUCAGCAACCAAAACACAUGCCCAUUCUUAAAUCGCAAGCCCAUCCUAAUCAUUCUCAUCUCAUGACUUUCUUCACCUAGAAAAUACUUGAGAAACCAUUCUCUUAAGUUUCUAACAUUGGAUCGACACAAUCCUUAACGCCAACAGGGAUCUUCUGAAUCUUAACAUUCCCUUCAAUUGCAACUUUUCUUUCGGUACAAGCUAUGGAUGUUUCAACUAAGAAAUCCAGUGAUGAGCUGGAUGUUCCCACAUUCAGUGCUGAAAAUUUGCAAAGCAACAUGAAGGUUAUCUACUACAGCCGCACCUUCCUGUCAAUAGUUGCUGGAGUCAUAGCUGGAGUUUUGGGAUUCACUAGCUUGACCGGCUUUGUCUUUUACUUUCUCAUCAUGGCAGUUACUUCUGUGGGACUUGCAGCUAAGGCAAAGUUUAACGUACAUGCAUACUUUGAUUCUUGGAACCGCGUCACUCUUGAUGGCUUUUUGAGCGGGUUAAUGUCCUUUGUGCUGUUCUGGACAUUUGCGUAUGACAUUGUGCACAUAUUUUAGUGGAUGGAAAGCUGCAACAUUUCGGAGAGUGUGGACUGCAUCAUAGGGAGAUCGAGACAACUGCUUUGAACUCCAUAACAGUACUGAUUAACUUUGUUGGAAAAACAACAAUAGGUUCCCAAAUAUUCAUUCUCAGAUUUUGUUAUUUCAUUUUUCUUUCCGGAUAUCCAAUAUUGUAGAUUAAAUUGAAUGCUGAAACAAUGAGAAGCCUUACGCCCUUUCUGCUUGUAGUGCGUAAUUUCAGAAUUUUGUCACAGUUGGUUCGAGUCUGCAAAAACCUUCCAAUUCUUUUC